AUGCCACGUCGUCGACCUCCAGAGCAUAGUAGCUGUGUCAAGCGGAGGGUCCGCACCGGCUGUAAAACCUGCCGUGCGCGGAGAGUCAAGUGCGACGAGAGCAAGCCGCGGUGUCAGAACUGCUUGCAACGGGGUCUUGCUUGCGACAAUAGCGUCCAGCUAAAAUGGGAACAGGAAUACGAAAGUCGCGGUCUAGCUUUUGGCCGGCAAGGCAGAUGGAGCAAAAGCCGGGUACCGCCAUCUGGUGCUGCUGACCCGGUGAUGGAGUGGUGCAGCUUUCCAAUAGUGCAGUGCCGUCAUUUUAUCAAUUUCUGCUACGGUGACUUCGACGACGCCGAUGCAGGUCAGGAAUGUGAUGAGGAUCUGAUAGACGAUGUCGAUAUUGGCGUGGUUGGUGCCGGGCAAAUGAUUCAAUCACCAACUGCGUAUCCAAACCUAGCCAAUGUCGACGCUCAUCUGCUGGAGUAUUACCUGACCCGGCUUUGUCCUCUGACAACAUCCUCUCGCCGCGUACCAUCUCCUUUCGCUGAACUUGUUAUUCCCCUUUUCAGCAUCCCCGGCCAGGAUGAUAUCCUCCAGGCGGUCCUGGCAUUGUCAGCUCGUCACAGGAGUGCCAGCGAUCCGCAAUGGUCUCGCUCCGCCAUGACGCUGAAGGGCGGCGUCAUCACCUCUCUUCGCAAUAGGCUCCUCGACCCCACGUGGAACCCACAAAUCCUAGUUGUGAUGAUGUUUCUAUGCCUUUACGAGAUUGUUGACAACUGUGACCACCGCUGGGUGAUUCACCUAAGGGCCAGUAAAGAGGUCAUUCGACGAAGCCGGCAGCUCGAAGAAGGGAGACGAAGCAAGGAGGACCUCGGUGCUCUGACCGAAUUUACGGAACGCUUCUUUGCUUUCCAAGAUGUUAUCAGCAGGACGGCUUGCGGAAGCUCAGCUCUCUUUGGAGUUGAGUACUGGGUCGAUCGCAGUCAGCCAGAAGAUAUCGACUCCUGGAUGGGCUGCAGUCCCUCCCUAGUAAGCAUACUGUGCCGCACUGUCGAAAUAAGCCGGUUAAAGACCCAGGAUCAUAUACCCCGCGACAUCCUCGAGGCGGAGUCUGCGGAGCUAGAGCAGCGACUGGAAGCUAUGCAGCUCGAGACGGAAAUAAGCCCCCUCGACAAUGCUCCGGUCUUAGCUGCAGAGCUCAAGCGGAAAUCUGUGCUCAUAUAUCACCAUUGCGUCCUGUACGACGCGGGCCCAUCAACACCGUUCGUCCGCCAGCUGAAAAGAGAGAUUCUCGAAGAGACAUGCGAGCUCGUUGAAGCCGGAUUCGCUGCCGGACUGGCAUUUCCAAUUUUUGUCGCUGCAGUAGAACUGCACCCCACAGAUAGCCAGCUUUUCUGGGACAGGAAAAAUGGCGAGCUGGUAAGUGGGAGACGACUGGUUUUAGAGACGCUGGAGGCCAUGGAGAAACUGUCACUAUCCAAUAUUGCACGGACAAGGUCAGUCAUUCAGAAAGUCUGGCGCAUGCGGGACAUGUCGCUCGACGAGGAUUAUGAGCCUCCUCUAUCCCGAGGAGAGUACAUCAACGACUGGACUGUUUUUGUGGGUCCAUACAGCUCAAAUAUAAGCCUAUCAUAG